UUCACCAUUAAUAACGCCAUGAAAUUACUCUCAAUAACUUUCGCUAUUUGCGCUGGUGUAGUGAGCUCACAGUCGCAGCCUCAGGGACAUAUAGACUGUUGUGAAGCCAAUGCCGACACGUUACAAAACAUUAUCCAGCGUGUGACGUCACUUGAAAAAGAACUUGUGUCGCUGAAAGCAGAAAAUGCCAAUUUAAAACAAAAUUCCACUGCGUUCACAGCACUGCAGCACGAGUUAGUAGCGCUGAAAUCUAAGCAACAACCGGUUGCUUUCUUCGCCGAACUAUCCCAGGAUUUGGUCAACCCAUCUCAGGGCCAGAAGGUUGUCUUUGAUCAGAUUCUAACCAACGUCGGUAACGCCUAUGAUCCCACCACGGGUAUAUUUACCGUCCCCGUGACCGGGACCUACCACCUUAACGUCGUCCUCUCCUCCCCAAACAACAACGAGGCCGGCCAUUACAUGCAUUUCUUUAUCCUUCAGAACGGAAGAAAAAUAGCAUACCUAUUUCUAGACCAUAAUACCGACUUCUGGCUUCAUGCUUCUACGUCGACUGUCAUUCAAGGGACUAAGGGGGACGUGAUUUGGCUGACGGUGGGCGUAGCGGGAGGAAAGCAUAUUUUGGCGGGACAUCGGUCUGGGGAGGGGGAGAUUCACAGUCAUAUGUCAGGGUUCCUCAUACAAGCUGAUUAA